AUGUCAGCUCCCAACAGUGAUAGAAACAUGCAGCAGCUAGUCCCUAUAGCACCACCAGGAAAGGCUUAUAAUGGUGAAAGUGGAAAGGAGCUGGUUGUGGUGGAUCCUGCAGGAAAGAGUUCAGGAAGUGUAAAACUGCGAGAGGAUGAGGAGGACCUGGAGGUGAAAGCUCAGGCGCAUCAUGGAAUGUCCCUGUGCGUGUCAGCAACACAUCAGGGUCCUCUGCUGGCUCUGGCUCUGGUGAUUUCCACCAGAUACAACAGUGGGGACUUUCCUUUAAGAUCUGGGUUUGAUGAAAAAUUUCCCUGUUUCGUGUGUGGUGUUAGAAUUUCAGCUAAUACUUUAGCAUUAAAGACUUACAGUGCACACUUCCUUUUACAGUACCGGCAAAUGAGGAGAGAGCAGGACCGGAUAGCGCGAAUGGAUGCUGACUACCAGAAGAGAGAAGCGAUGCCUGAGUUUGAACUGCGGAGGGAGGAGAGGCUGAAAGCAGCUGAGGAGCGGACAGCCAAGAAGCGCCUGAAACGGCAGAAGAAGAAGCAGCAUAAGAAAGAGAAGCGAGCUAAAACUGGUAAUAAUGGUGGCGAAGAACCUAACAGAGUGGAGUCAUCUGAUGAUGAUAAAGGUUCGGAUGACGAUGACGAGUCUAAGCAAUGA